AUCUGUUGAGUUAAUCUUAUACCAAUUAAGCCGUGAAAUUCAGAUUCAGAUUUAUAUUUAUUAUUGGAUCCUAUCAAGUGAAUUAGCGAAAACAUUAUGGCUAGAACAUUUCAAGAAAAGCAGCAAGGCCGCAGAAUGAAAAUGAGCACUGGCAACAUAUUCUCAAGAGUCUGGAAUUCAGUCGUCUUUGGUUUCGGUGCAGCUUUGGGUGCUACUGCUGCUAGCGCCAUGCUUGGCGCCUGUUGCGGUGGAUAAUUCUUGAAGUUACAGAAGACGAAAACGAUAAAGUCAAAUAAUGCUUACGAUUAACGGUGUUAAAAUGCAAUAAUCUACUGAAGAAAAUGUCAAGAGAGGUCCAUAACUCGAGAUAUCUGUAAAACUAGUUUGUUUGUUGCGAGGAUUUUUGCUUUAUCCUCUUAUUUCUUUUUGCUAUUUGGAAACCCUUUCGAUUCUAUAAUUUAUUCCUUCAUGUUUGUUACAUUCUUGUCUUUAUUUUCUUAUUUUGUUUGUUUAACACUUUGUAUUCAAAAUAUUUGCUAGUUCACUCUUUUAAUACUAAUACACAAUGAACAACGCUUCUAGUCGGGGUUAGAGAUUAAGUGAUUGUUGAAGAAGGAUAAAUUUGUGCAUGUACUUUGUCUAAACGAAAAAAAUUCUUAACAGCUACAAUAGCAAAGGCUCAAUAAACAAUAGUCGCUUAAGCGUAGUAGUAAUGGAUAUUAAAAAUUGGAAUUUACAAUUUACCCA